GAUAACCUCAUACUAUACUACAGCACUGACAGACAUGGGAGAUAGGAGGAGGGACAAAUUACAACAGGCUGUAGAGUUUUCAAGCUAAAAGAUUCUAUUUUGGGCUGGACCCAGACUGUUAAAGGCGGAAGAAAAAAAGAAGGGCUGAGUUUAUUUCUGUUAUCCGAAUAACGUAAAAGAAAGAGCUAUACUGAGUGAUUUCCACAUCAUGGGUACCUAUAUUAUUUUAUCUGCCGUUGUUGGAUGCUUGUGCCUAGUACCAAGCACAUCUUGUCCAGCCAUCUGCCGAUGCAUUACUAAGGCUCGCCCUUCAGCAGACUGCUCGUACAGAGAACUGAUGCAUGUACCGCUAGGUUUUCCGGACAAUCUGAAUCAGCUCACCUUAUCCGUCAACAACAUCGGUGAACUUAAUAGAACAUCCUUUGCUGGUAUUUCAAAACUAACAUCACUAUGGCUGACAUAUAACCAGAUCACUGCUAUACAUCCUGGCACAUUCCAGUCUAUGAUCAGUUUGAUAAAUCUGGACAUAAGUCAUAACCAGCUUGUGGAGUUCCCAUGGAUGGAUCUCGCCGCGCUGACAGAUCUUGAGCUCCUCAACCUGAACAACAACCAGCUGGUUACUAUUCCACCUGGAGCAUUCAACAACUCUAAAAAAUUGAGAUCUCUGCAACUCAGCAACAAUCGGUUAUAUUCGUUGCCUGAGGGUCUUUUUGAUCUAUUGACCUCGUUGUCACAUGUUCAGCUUCAUAGGAACUCCUUCCAUUGCUCUUGCUCCUUGGCAUGGCUAAUAGAUUGGAUUCGAAUAACUUGGACCACCGUUGAUAGAAAAAAAGAAAUUAUUUGCCUAUCCCCGCAGGAAUUAAAGGAUAUUUCAUUAGACAAGGUGCCUAACUUACAGUGCAGAAAACCACUGGAAAUAAUGAAUGAUGAUCCAGUUUGGAGUAAUACUUUGUUGCUUUGCAAAGAGGUAGGAGUGCCUUACAUUGUGAUCAAAACUGACAGAAAUAAGGAAAACAAAUAUGGUGACUAUGAGGUAGCAAUAAGAAAAUUUAAGAAUGGAAGCAUCACGGUAACUCCCAUAAAGCAGGGUACAGCUUACCUUUGCCAGGUAUCCAACUACACGACCGAGACUACUGGGGAAAUUUCAGUCACUCUUGCACAUAAACAAAUUUCAGGUUGGCAGGUGGAUCCAGAGGAGAAACUUCUACUCCUUCUAGUGUCAGGAAACGUGAGGUCAAUCACAAAUGCAGGGCCAUCAAGUAUGGUUUAUCCUUUGCCAUAUUGGCAGACACUGUUUAUCAUAUUAUGGCAUAAAGUUUCAUGAUUAUAA